CAACCCUGCACUGGCUGUAUAAAGCGCAAGUUCAUCCUUGGCCUAGGGCUUUGCCACUGUAACUGCUGAACGGCGACAGAUCUCAUCCUCGGCCCGCGACAAUGGUGAACGUACCUAAGACAAAGAAGACCUACUGCAAAUCCAAGGAGUGCAAAAAGCACACCUUGCAUAAGGUCACACAAUACAAGAAAGGAAAAGAUAGUCUAGCUGCCCAGGGAAAGCGUCGUUAUGAUCGUAAGCAGUCAGGUUAUGGUGGACAGACAAAGCCCGUCUUCCACAAAAAGGCAAAAACUACAAAGAAGAUUGUCUUAAGGUUGCAAUGCCAGGGGUGCAAGCAUGUCUCUCAGCACCCAAUCAAGAGGUGCAAGCAUUUUGAGAUUGGCGGGGACAAGAAAGGAAAGGGAACCUCUCUUUUCUAAAUUGCCUGUGAUGCAAAAUUUGAUAGUUUUCUGUUAUACGUUUUUAGAUAUCUUUUUUUGUUGGUGUAGUUCAAGAGCUUUUUUUUUCUCAGAUUCAAGUUAAUACUAUGCUGUGUUAAUUACAUUUUGAUCAGGAGAUCAAAGCUGUACUUUUCAAGUUACUAUUUAGUAUGAUUCUUGUUCCCUUAUUGAUGUUCAAGCAGUUGGAAGUUAGUUUUGCUGCU